AGGGAAAAAGAGAAGCAAAAGAUUGACUCCUUUUCUUCUCGAGUCUGGACUCUCCUCAACAAACUGAAACAUUACAUUGAAAUGCGCCAUCUUAAUUGUUAUAUUUAAUUAUUUUUAAACAUUAUACUUUCUAGAUUAGACAAUCAGUUUCAACAUCUGACAGUUUUUACAUUCCCUACUUUGUAACAAAAUUAGUCUGAUUUACUUUACUUCUUACAAGUUGUCAGCUUUAUCCUUGUUACAUCACCAACAACUACAACAGUAAUAAUAACAAACCUCCAUUACCUAGGAACAUUGUUCCAUUGCUUGCCAACUGUCUUUUAUUUUGUUGUCAACUGUUUGUUUGCCCUCAGCUUUAAACUCGACAAAUCCUUCAUAUUCCAUCAUGUCUGUUAAUUUUCAAGUCACCUUAGUUCGACAUGGUCAGACAGCUGCAAAUAAAGCUCAAAUUAUCCAAGGUAAUGCCGAUGUUCCUUUAUCUGAUGUAGGAAAAAACCAAGCUACCAAACUCGGAUCUCAUUUCAACAGAACUGGUGCAUCUUUUACUCAUGUUUAUGCUAGUGACCUAUCUCGAGCUUUGGAAACUGCACAACUAGUAAUUGGUGAUAAACAAUCUAUUAUUACGGACAAAAGGCUGCGAGAACGUGCUUUUGGUGUUGUUGAAGGAAAAUCAAUUGAAUCUUAUCGUGCUGCAGCUCGUGAAGCUGGCUUCAAAGAGAAAGAGCUGAGUUAUUUCACACCUGAAGGUGGGGAGACCUUACCACAGGUUAAUCAACGGGUCAAAGCUUUUUUUACUGAUUUAAUUGAUCAUCUGAAAACUUCGCAACCUGAAAAUGAGAGUAAAAUUCUUAUUGUCACUCAUGGAGGGGUUAUCCGAGAGUUCAUGAGAUUCUUUCGUGAUGAUUGUAGAUGUGAUUUCAAGGGAGGUGAAAUAAUGAUCGUCACGCCCAAUACUGGAGUAAAUAUUUUCAAUAUUUCUAUUCUAACUGGAAAUAAAGUGAAAGCUGAAGUGGUCAAAAUUCAUGAUACCACUCAUCUACAAGGAGAUAAUCCAGAAAGUAAUUCUACUAAAUCUCAAGUCAACGUGAACGAUAACCACACUGACAAAGGAAAAUCUGAUGAUGAUGCUCCACCGCUUGUGGCCCUGUAAGGAACCAUCCCAAUCUUUACUUUUAACGGUUCUCAAUUUUGACAAAAUUAACCAGCUAAAUUGGAAUCUCUUCCAUUCGUAUUUCUCUCUUUCUAUUUAAACCGUCAUUUACUUUAAAUAUAAACAGAUCUAAAUCUAGUCAAAAAUUAAAAGAGUGUCAACAUAAGAAAAAAAUUGGAUGAUUAGUGAUUUAGUCCUUUGUUUCAAUUCAAUCAAGUUUUCGCUUGCCUUUUCUUCUUUAGAUAAUUUAAUAUUAUUCAUAAUAAGUUAUCUUAAGUUUUAAUUAGCAGAAAGCAACUUCGAAUCAAUGCCAAAAAAUCGUCGAAAUCAAUUUUUGUUCAAUAACUAUUUUUUGUUAAUCAUUCAUUAUUUAUGAUAUUUAUUUUUAUCACAUUAAAUUGAAAUAAGUGGUUUCGUCGAUUAUCUCAUAUA